CCCCUUCAUGCUAAGCCGACUGAACUUGUUAACCCGCCACUUCUCCCGUCAAUUCGGUUCCUCCCGUCCUACCUCUCCGACUCACUCGCCCCGGGUCCAACAUCCCGGUCCGUCCGCAAUGACAUCACCCCAUCCGAACUUCACCAAACCCAUCCACACGGCAGCCUGCCUGAUCAUUGGCGAUGAGGUUCUAGGCGGAAAGACAAUCGAUACCAAUUCGCCCUUCCUAGCCAAGUUCUGCUUCAACCUCGGCAUCCAGCUGAAGCGCGUGGAGGUCAUCCCGGACGAUGAGGAAGACAUCAUGGAAGCAGUGCACCGCAUGAGCGCCCGCUAUGACUUUGUCGUUACCAGCGGAGGCAUUGGUCCAACCCACGACGACAUUACCUACCAAUCAAUCGCCAAAGCGUUCAACCUCAAGCUCCAAUUACACCAGCCUGCCUUUGAGCGCAUGAAGAAGCUCUCAAAACCGCACCCUAUGCAACCCAACUUUGACUGGGAAACCCCAUCCCCAGGCCUAACCGCCAAACUGCGCAUGGUCGAGCUCCCCUACGACCCGUCCAUCCCCGCCGAACAACAAGCCCUGUUCGUCGCCGAGGACAUGUGGGUUCCAAUCGCCGUCGUCAACGGCAACGUGUAUAUCCUGCCCGGCGUGCCACGUCUCUUCGAACGACUUCUGCAGCACCUCAAGCCCGCCAUCACGCCCCGAUUGUCUGAUCCCGAGGGCAAGGGUACCACCCGCUUCAUGAUUAGCACGCCGCUGCCGGAAAGUGCCGUUGCGCCUUAUCUGACUGAGCUGGCAGCUAAGGUCGAGCCGAAGGGUGUCAAGGUCGGUAGUUAUCCCCGCUGGGGUAAGAAGCGGAAUACGGUUACCCUUGUGGGCGCCGAUAAGGCGUUUUUGGAGUCGUUGGUCGCUGAGGUUGAGGAGAAUGUACAGGGAAAGCGGGUUUCUAAAGAGGAUGAGCUUGACCCGCCGUCGGAUUCGGAGCAUGUCUAUAGCCAGUAG